CUCCGGCCCACAGGAGCAGGUUCAUUGUUGCAUAGGGGAAGGGGAAGCUGCCUUUAUUUGGCCCCACCCACUUUCUUCACACCCCUUUCUCGAAAAUCAGCUCCGUCUCCUGUCCUCUCCAACCAGAAGUGUUUCUCUGGCUCCACCCUUCUCAGCGAUGCAGCCAAUAAUCCCCGGCCGUGACGCCACACCUUCCAACCAGUUACGUCCCACUCCUGCUCGGCCAAUCAGCGCCCGCGGUCUCCGCGCCCCGCCCCCCUCGCGGCCGCCUCCUUUCCACUCCGCCCGCCUCCGGCCAGAGGGCAAUGCGGCGGGGGAGAGGGGGCAGGCCCCUCCUCCUUUGUCCGCCCUGCCCUCCCAUUGGCCGGAGCGGGGGAACAGGGGCGGAGCCCGGAACAGGGGAGGAAACCAGCAACCUGGGGGCGGAGCCGGGCAGCCCUAGUAGGGGCAAGGCUGCUCGCGCUCGGCGGGGCCGGUGCGUGGGGCAGCAGGCAAGCUCCAGCUCGAGCUGCCAGCCCCGGGCCCGCCGGUGCCAUGGACGGCCUGCGCCAGCGCUUCGAGCGCUUUCUGGAACAGAAGAACUUUGUCACCGAAGCGCUCGGAGCGCUCGAAGCCAAGACCGGUGUCGAGAAGCGGUAUCUGGCCGCGGGAGUCGUCAUUCUGCUAAGCUUGUAUCUUCUGUUCGGCUACGGGGCAUCUCUACUGUGCAACCUGAUCGGAUUUGUAUACCCCGCAUAUGCUUCAGUCAAAGCCAUCGAGAGCCCAAGCAGAGACGACGAUACCGUGUGGCUCACCUACUGGGUGGUGUACGCUGUGUUCGGGCUGAUGGAGUUUUUCAGCGACCUACUCCUGUUUUGGUUCCCUUUCUACUACGUGGGCAAGUGCGCCUUCCUGUUGUUCUGCAUGACGCCGGGGCCCUGGAACGGGGCUCUAGUCCUGUAUCAUCGCGUGGUGCGUCCAGUGUUCCUAAAACACCACGCGGCCGUGGACAGCGCCGUGAGCCAACUCAGCGGCCGAGUCCUGGACGCGGCAGGCGGAAUAGCCAGGGACGUGCUUCAGGCCCUGGCCCGCGGCCGGGCGCACGUCACCCCAGUGCCGGCAGCGGAGCCUCCGGUGGCCCUGGAAGCCCCCCCCAAGGCAAGCCAGAGCCCGCAGCUGAAGGACAAGUGAAGCCGCCCUCCAGCUCUGGCACGGACCAGUCCAGCAGGAAGGGGCGCACACCAGGCACCCAGCUCCCCACACCAGGCACCCAGCUCCCCACACCAGGCACCCAGCACCCCACAGCAGGCACCCAGCACCCCACAGCAGGCACCCAGCACCCCACAGCAGGCACCCAGCACCCCACAUCAGGCAGCCAGCACCCCACAGCAGGAACCUACUACUCCACAGCAGGCACCUACCACCCCAUAGCAGGCACCCAGCACCCAACAUCAGGCACCUACCACACCACAUCAGGCGCCCAGCACCCCACGGAGCCCUCCACAGAUUCCCAGGCAGAGCCUCGCGCGGGGCACUCAAGUCCCACCCGGCCCACCGGGAGCCCCCUCUCUGCUGCCUCCACAGAGUCUCACUCGCUGAACACCCCCAGCUCCAUGUCCCAGGGCCAGGCCGUCUCUGGCUCUACCAGUGGCUCCCAGGUGGCCAGAAAGACACAGAUUCAGCCCCAGCCGCACACUGGCUUCUCCAACUCGGCCCCGGUGCCCUCCCCACAGGCCCCAGGGUCCUCAGGGACCGGGCGGGGCCCCAGCACCACCUCCAACCAGGACCCGUCCCUUGGCCAGUCUCCUAGUAGCACCACCACCCCCUCGCAGCCCCCCAGCAAGCUGCCCAGUGGGCCCCGGAACCCAGCCUCCAAGGGCAGCUUCCGGCAGCAGAAGGAGGCCGCCACCAGCACCUCGGGACCCAGGUCGCCCGUCCCCUCCCACUCCGAGUCCUCGCUGGAGUGCUCCUCGGAGUCCACCACCGAGAUCACCUACAGCUGGCCUCACUGCCGACACCAGCUGCCCUGCCGCCGGCCCUGCUGGCUCCUGAAACACCUGGCCUACUAGGCACCAGCUGGACGUGCCCAAUAAAGUUCCGGCCCCA